GCCCGCCCGCUGGAGCUUCGGUCUCGGCCCGGACCCGCAGUAGGAGCGGCCGCCUCUUCCUCCUCCGUGAGAUUUUUUUGAUCUUCAGCUACACCAUCUUCCUACUGUUCCCUUGAAAUCCCAUCCUGCUUUUCCUGUACACUACCCCUCACAAACCACAAGCUGCAGCAACAUGGAUGCCCAGCCUGGAGCAGCAUCAGCCAGGAUGACCUGGAGCCAGGGGGGCCUUCGGAACAGAUGUACACCCUUCCUGGGUGAUGGUAAGAGUUUCAGCUUUGUGAGUAACCUUACCAACAACAAUGGCUAGCAACGUUACCAACAAGACAGAUCCUCGAUCCAUGAAUUCCCGUGUGUUCAUUGGGAAUCUCAAUACUCUUGUGGUCAAGAAGUCUGAUGUGGAGGCAAUCUUUUCAAAGUAUGGCAAAAUUGUGGGUUGCUCUGUGCAUAAGGGCUUUGCCUUUGUCCAAUAUGUUAACGAAAGAAAUGCCCGGGCAGCUGUAGCUGGAGAGGAUGGCAGAAUGAUUGCUGGCCAGGUUUUAGAUAUUAAUCUGGCUGCAGAGCCAAAAGUGAACCGCGGGAAAGCAGGUGUGAAACGAUCUGCAGCGGAGAUGUACGGGUCAGUACCAGAACACCCUUCUCCGUCCCCUCUACUCAGUUCCUCAUUUGAUUUGGACUAUGACUUUCAACGGGAUUAUUAUGACAGGAUGUACAGUUACCCAGCACGUGUUCCUCCUCCUCCUCCUAUUGCUCGAGCGGUGGUGCCUUCUAAACGCCAGCGUGUUUCUGGAAACACCUCUCGAAGGGGCAAAAGUGGAUUCAAUUCGAAGAGUGGACAACGGGGCUCUUCUUCCAAAUCCGGAAAAUUGAAAGGUGAUGACCUUCAGGCCAUUAAGAAGGAGCUGACUCAGAUAAAACAAAAAGUGGAUUCUCUGCUGGAAAGCCUGGAAAAAAUUGAAAAAGAACAAAGCAAACAAGCAGACUUGUCCUUCUCCUCCCCAGUAGAAUUGAAGAACGAGAAGUCAGAGGAGGAGCAGAGCAGUGCCUCUGUGAAGAAAGACGAGACGAACGUCAAGAUGGAGUCUGAGGCGGGUGCUGACGACUCUGCCGAGGAGGGCGACCUGCUGGACGACGACGACAAUGAGGACCGAGGGGAUGACCAGCUGGAGCUGAUCAAGGACGAUGAAAAAGAAGCAGAGGAAGGAGAGGAUGACAGAGACAGCGCCAAUGGGGAGGAUGACUCCUAAGCACAUAGCGGAGUUUAGAGAUCUUAUCCCCUUAUCCAUUUUACCUGGCGCUUGUGAGAGAUGGAAGUAACACCAGGUCCUCUCCCCUAGUGUCCUCAGCACAUUCUCACUGUUCACCCUCUCCCUCUCCUGUGUUCAUUGAUUCAUAUUUGCCUUGCGCCUAGUUCCAUUCUCACUCCCUUUGAUGCUCCUUAGUAGUUUUGUUAAGUCUUACUCUGUAAGUUUUGCUUUUAAUUUUGAUACCUCUUUGACUUAACAAUAAAAAGAUGUAUGGUUUUUA